CUUUUUCUUCUUCUCCCUCUUUUUUCGCACUUCACUCAGUCUCUCACUCCCGAGUCUCACACGCUCCUCCCGCGACGCUCGCAGCCCGAGAUCAGCUUCACACUGCCGCGAGUGUUUCACUGAAGCGCCGUUGGAAACAAUGGGAACGGAGCCGCUCUGUGUCGGACAGAGACUGACGCGCUUCUCUGUGUUUGUAUAGGACUUUCUGUCGAUAGACUCAUAUAAUAAGGAUCUCAUUAUCAAGCUUUAACACAAUGGGCUGCUGCAGCGGACGGUGCACCCUUAUAUUUCUGUGCACGUUUCAGUUGAUGGUGGCAUUAGAGAGGCAGGUGUUUGAUUUCUUGGGCUACCAGUGGGCUCCCAUCCUUGCAAACUUCUUCCACAUCCUGGUUGUUAUCCUGGGUCUUUUUGGCACCAUUCAAUACAGACCUCGCUAUAUUGUGGCGUAUACUGUGUGGACAGCGGUGUGGGUGGCCUGGAACGUCUUUAUCGUCUGCUUCUACCUGGAGGUUGGAGGUCUAUCAAAGGACAGUGAUCUCUUGACCUUUAACAUCUCGGCACACCACUCCUGGUGGAGCGAGCAUGGGCCAGGCUGUAUCCGAAGAGAGAUCCCCGCCAGCGGAGACCGCAGUGCAGACGCACAGUCCUAUAUAUCCAUCAUGGGCUGCCUGCUGGAAUACCAGUACAUAGAGGUCCUGCACAGCAGCUUCCAAAUCCUUAUCUCUCUGCUGGGUUUCAUCUACGCCUGCUACGUCAUCAGUGUCAUCACAGAGGAGGAGGACAGCUGUCUUCGUAAAUGUAAGAGUGUUGUGAAGAAGAGCCGCUCUGCCCAUUCCUCCUCUCUGCUCUUCACCUCUUCACCUUUAAAACACUUUCUAGCAACCCUAAAUCAGCCCUUUCUGGAGUAUUGUAGAAUUGGCUCUCUGAUUCCCAGCUCUGGACAAAACACAGUUACUCCAUCCAGCUGCCUCAUUUAGAUGCUCUUAUACAAGUGGCUGUAAAACAUAUCUAAACAAAAAGGUCCAGUAUUUUGUUGGUGUGGUGUGUGGUCCACGGGUUUGAGUUAUUCAAGGGGAGUUCAGUUGUUGAUGUUCACCGAGUUCCAGCUCUGUUUGUGUGUGUGUGUGUGUGUGUGUGUGUGUGUGUGUGUGUGUGUGUGUGUG